AUGGCUUCUAAUUCAAACUGUGGUGCUCUUACAACACGCAGCAUGACUAACAUAUGGCUGAUUGGACAGUUACAAAGUGAACUUCCAGUAAAUGUAUUGCCUACAACAGGUGAUGUCCUGGGAAUGUUUUUUUAUUAUCAUCAAGUAGAAAAGAAAACUGUGCCUGAAAGUGCAAAAUUGUCGUCAGAUAAGGUCAUGGACAUGUGGAACAAGGCUAGAAUACCAACAACUUACCAUACUCAUGUUGUAGAAAAAGUAAAGUCGGUAGUUGAUGACUACAAGCUAAUAAAAAAGAACAAAAACAGACAAAGUGAAGCACAACGAGCACGAGAGAAGGAAUUUGAAGAAAAGGAGCACAUGCUGUUUGAUAUUGCUCACCAACACGCCAUGCAGCUCAUCCGAAUUCAGGAAGAUAUAGAAUUUCUUGAAGACCAGAGGGGCAAAGAAGAGAGAAAAGAGCGAGAGCAGGAGCGGAUGACAGAAAGUACCUCACUACAUUUAUCUAGUUCUGAUGACAGUGAUAGUGAACAGCAGGACACAGAGGACAACUAUGAAAUUGAAAUUCCAGUGUACUACAAAAAGCAGAUCAGUGAAGUAGAAGACAGUCUGUCAAGCAGUGCCAGCAAAAAAACACGAACUGUGCAGGAUAUGUUGUCGUCACCAGAUGUUGCUUCAGCACUGGAUAGAAUAAACCUGUCAGAUAGAAAGUUCACAGUAUUGGCAGCAGCCAUUGCACAAGCUAGUGGGCAAGACAUCAGGGAUACAUCUCUGUCACAUUCCACAGUUCAUCGUAAACGACAGCAACAUCGAUCAACCAUUGACAGCAGUAUUCGUCAACAAUUUCAGGAUCGUGACAGAAACCCCCUUCUGGUUCACUGGGAUGGGAAGAUCAUGAAUGAUGAUCCACACUCCAGAACUGAUAGACUGGCUGUUGUUGUGACUGGCUGUAAUGUGGAGAAAAUCUUAGGAAUUGUUAAAAUUGCAUCAAGCACGGGACAAGCACAGGCCAAUGCAACUUUUCAGUUGCUCAAAUUAUGGGACGUUAGUGAAGACAUUAUAGGCAUGUGCUUUGAUACUACUGCUGCCAAUACUGGGACGUCAAGUGGAACAUGUGUUUUGCUGGAGAAACUGCUCCAUAGAAAUCUCUUGCACUUUGCUUGUCGUCAUCAUGUACAUGAAUUGAUAAUCGGUGAAGUUUUCACAGUUCUGUUUGGUCCAAGCUGUGGCCCCAACAUUGGAAUGUUUGAAAGAUUUCGAGCCUACUGGCCAAAUAUAAAUCAGUCAAACCACAAGCCACUUGAUGAUGACAGGAUGAACCACUCAUUGCUACAGAUGAUGCGGUCUGACAUAGUACCAUCUUUGACAUGUUUUCUUUCAGCUGACAGCUCAUACAUCCCACGAGAGGAUUACAAGGAGUUGGUUGAACUCUGUCUCUUAGUGCUGGGUUAUCCAAUGCAGACUGAUGGCAAGUACCAUUUCCGUGUUCCUGGAGCAUAUCACAUGGCCAGAUGGAUGGCCAAAGUGAUCUACUGUCUCAAAAUGUAUUUGUUCCACAAUGAAUUCAAGCUAACAGCAACUGAAACAAAAAGUUUAACUGAAUUCUGCCUAUUUGCAACCCAUAUAUAUGUGCCAGCAUGGAUGUUGUGCCCAAUACCCAGUGAUGCACCAGUCAAUGACCUGCAACUUCUGAGCAGAAUUGAACAAUACUCUGAAAUCAACAAGAAUGUAGCAAGUGCUACCACAAAAAAGUUGAAGAAUCAUCUGUGGUAUCUCGGUACAGAAAUGGUGAAAAGCAAACCACUGCAUGAUCUGGUAUCAGGUACAUCUCGUGCUGCAUUGUUAUCACUUGGAAUGGAUGUUGAACCAGACUCAUGGAAUGAUCUUCCUUUAUUUCAAAAAGUAGCAAAUGUUGUGAAGUCACUUAAGGUCGUUAAUGACACUGCAGAACGCACUGUGGCACUCAUGACAAAUUUUAACCAGUCUAUAACCAAAAAUGAAACAACUGCAAAAACUGAUACAGGUGGUGGAGGACAAUCGAACACGUAUUCCGGACUCCUCUAA